CGUGUGCCCACUCUUCCCUCUCCAUUAAUUUUCUCUCUCUCUCUCUCUUUCUCUUUAUCACCAAUCCUCUCAACCAUCAUCAUCAUCAUCAUCAUCAAUGGCAUUCUCCUUCAUCCUCCUCCUCUCCUCCGUCGCUGCCGCUUUCCUCCUUUUCAUUCGCCGCAUCCGUUACAGGCGGAUGGGUCUUCCUCCGGGAAGUCUCGGCUAUCCUCUGAUAGGCGAGACUCUGCAGCUGAUCAAAGCUUACAAGACUGAAAACCCUGAGCCUUUCAUCGACGAGAGAGUGGCCCGGUACGGUUCGGUUUUCAUGACGCAUCUAUUCGGUGAACCGACGAUUUUCUCUGCCGAUGCGGAAAUGAACCGGUUCGUUCUUCAGAACGAAGGGAAGCUUUUCGAGGGAUCUUAUCCAGCUUCCAUAUGUAACCUUUUGGGGAAACACUCUUUGGUUCUUAUGAAAGGUUCUUUGCAUAAACGUAUGCAUUCUCUUACCAUGAGCUUCGCUAACUCUUCAAUCAUCAAAGACCAUCUUAUGCUAGAUAUUGACCGGUUAGUCCGGUUUAAUCUUGAUUCUUGGUCCUCUCGUGUUCUCCUCAUGGAAGAAGCCAAAAAGAUAACGUUUGAGCUAACGGUGAAGCAGCUGAUGAGCUUUGAUCCAGGGGAAUGGAGUGAAAGAUUAAGGAAAGAGUAUAUUCUUGUCAUCGAAGGAUUCUUUUCUCUACCUAUCCCUCUCUUCUCCACCACUUACCGCAAAGCCAUCAAAGCGCGGAGGAAGGUGGCAGAAGAGUUGACGGUGGUGGUGAUGAAGAGGAGAGAGGAGGAGGUAGAAGGAGCCGAAAGAAAGAAAGAUAUGCUCGCGGCGUUGCUUGCGGCGGAUGAAAGAUUUUCCGAUGAAGAGAUUGUUGAUUUCUUGGUGGCUAUACUCGUCGCCGGUUAUGAAACAACCUCUACGAUCAUGACUCUCGCCGUUAAAUUUGUCACCGAAACUCCUCUAGCUCUUGCUCAACUCAAGGAAGAGCAUGAAAAGAUUAGGGCAAUGAAGAGUGAUUCAGAGUGUCUUGAAUGGAGCGAUUACAAAUCAAUGCCGUUCACACAAUGUGUGGUUAAUGAGACUCUGCGGAUAGCUAACAUCAUCGGUGGUGUAUUCAGACGUGCAAUGACGGAUGUGGAGAUCAAAGGUCAUAAGAUUCCGAAAGGGUGGAAGGUUUUCUCAUCGUUUAGAGCAGUUCAUUUAGACCCAAACCACUUCAAAGACGCUCGCACUUUCAACCCUUGGAGAUGGCAGAGCAACUCGGUAACAAGAAGUCCUUCUAAUGUAUUUGCGCCGUUCGGUGGUGGACCAAGGAUAUGUCCCGGUUACGAGCUAGCUAGGGUUGCACUCUCUGUCUUCCUUCACCGCCUAGUGACUGGCUUCAGUUGGGUUCCUGCAGAGCAAGACCAGCUGGUCUUCUUUCCAACAACUAGAACACAGAAACGGUAUCCAAUCAUCGUGAAGCGCCGUGAUUGUGGCUUAUCUUCUACUUUAAGAUGAAGGGACCAUAAGACUUUCUAGUUAUAGAAUAACAGCAUUUCUCAGGAUUAACUUCUUCUUUUUUUCUGCUUCCCCAUCACUUAAUAAAGCCUUGGCUUCUGUAUAUACAUUUAUGUAUCUCAUGCUUCCACUGAAUCUAUGUUGGUUCGCCGGAGUUGAGGAAGAGCGGGAAGGGGAGAGUGGAGCGAACCAGUAGAAGCAGUGAAGGUGUUAACUAUUGAAACGACAUCGUGAUA